AUGGUUGACGUUGCCGGCGGAAAGGGAGACGCUGCCAAGGGCGCCAAGAUCUUCAAGACCAAGUGCGCGCAGUGCCACACCACCAACGCGGGCGGCGCCCACAAGCAGGGCCCCAACCUCUCGGGCAUGAUCAACCGCCAGUCCGGCCAGGCCGACGGCUACUCGUACUCGGCUGCCAACAAGAACUCGGGCGUCGUCUGGACGGACGAGACCCUGUUCGAGUACCUCCUGGCCCCCAAGAAGUACAUCAAGGGCACCAAGAUGGUGUUCGCCGGCCUGAAGAAGCCGCAGGAGCGCCGCGACCUGAUCGCUUACCUGAUGGAGGCCACCAACGAGUAA